AUGUCAAUCAUUGUGAUUGUCCUGAUGGCACUGGCCCAAGGGGAUGAGAUCCUUUCCGCCCUGGACACUGACGAUUGCGCAGACUGCGCCUUUAGCGCGUUGCAAGUGCGUGCUGUCGCGGAUCAAGAAGCCCAAGGCUACUGCCAAGGCCAAGACACCUUUUGCGUGCAAACAUCAGAAAGCACCUGCAGAUUCUGGAAGGAGAAAGGUUGUUGGUGGGAAAGUGGCGUGAGCAGUGAGCUGGGCAAGAUGGGGCACUGCAGUGGAUCGGACAUGUUCUGCAGGACAGAAAGUCGUAGUUCCUGCACGUUUUGGAGGGACAAGGGCUGCAGAUGGGUCAUCGGAGGUGCACGGGAGCAUCACGCAAGCUGCCACGGAUCUUCUAUGUUCUGCAGCACAACAAGCAAAAGCACUUGUGACUUUUGGGAAAACCAGGGCUGCACAUGGCAGUGA